UUGAGUUGUCAGUUCAUUCUUCCAUCUCAUUGUUGUGAACGUGAUAUCUCAAGAAAACCUUGAGGGAAUUUCUUCAAAUUUGGUACAAAUGUUCAGUUACUGUCAAAGAUGAACUGAUCAAAUUUCAGAGGUCAGAGGUCACAGUGACCUCAUAGUGUCAAGAGUCAAUAAACUGAGCCUCACAAACAAGCACAGUGCAAUAAUUAUAGUUUCACCUGAGCUCUGUCUACUUCAAACCAGAGAAAAGCUCCAAGAAAUAAACACAAAAUAGAGAUUUGAAAAAAAAGUCCUGGUAUGAUUAAUGUGCUGUCGGUUUCAUCGCUCAGACAAAGGUGAAAAACCAAGUUUUCAGAGUUGUGAUAAAAAGCUUUUUCAGCAGAAGUUUCUCUGACUUGCAAACAAGUAUGACGUCACUUUAAUAAACAAAGAAACACUGAGGUUUAAAGUCCACAAACUGACACACAACUGAUGUGUGACUCCCAAAGCAUCAGAUGGUGACACUGACACUAUUUCAUUUUGACUUUGAUACAAACACAGGUGUAGGUUCAUGAAAAAAAACAAUUAGACGAUGUCAAAUUGAAUAAAUUAUUCAAGUUUGAGGCCAAACUGUAAAUCUGUAACUUCAUACAAACCUGGAAAUAAUCUGAAAGGAAACAUUUAAACUUAAGAAAAUAUUAAAUCAAUCUUGGUCAUUGAUCAACUUCUUUUGAUAAGGUUAAAUUUCCUUUAUUCUCGUACAGUAACUGCUGAACCAGACAUUUUAUAGUGUAAAAAUCGUUUUGUUGGUGCCCUCUGGUGGACAAACAUAUCUUUGCAGUUCACUGUUAUUGACCAACAGACCUGAUCCAUCACUGAUGUUGACACAUCAACAAGAUGCGAUGUUUAUGAUUUACAUCUCAAACAUUUUGAUUGACUUAUGUAGCAACUGUCAGAUUUUGGUUCCGAGGAUAAAAAUUCACCAAACAUUAACGUGUGCAAUGUUUUUUUUCUCCAUAUGAAUAAAAGUCUGUUUUAUAGAAAUGUUAGAGGCUGAAACUUGCUCAUAACAAACAGUGAAACUGUGUCGACACUGAUGUGUGUUCAGAGGUGGAUCGACCUUUCUCCAGAGUUCAUCGGCCCCGAGCCGAGCGCAGGGGAGCAGAGGUUCUCACACUGAGAGGAUUCAUCACUGACGAACAACGAGGAGAACGAGCAGAGAACCCUGAGCCUGAAACACCUGAUCUGAGAGCUGCUCGGUGCUGUCGAACUGUGUUUCCAGGUGUUCCAGCUGUGCGGAGACGUGAAGCGUCAUGGCGGUGGGUCUGCAGGUGGUGGCUGUGGUUCUGGGCGUGGUCUCCUGGUGUCUGCAGUCCAGCUGUACGUCCUCUCAGGUGUGGAAGGUGAGGAGUCAGGUGGAGUCGCUCAGCAGCAACCAGUGGCAGUUUGAAGGUCUAUGGAUGAGCUGCGCCGCCACGUCGCUCGGGUCGGUCCAGUGCAACCGAUUCAAGACGCUGCUGGGUCUGCCUGUUCACCUGCAGACCUGCAGGGCGCUGAUGAUCCUGUCCUUGCUAGUCGGUCUCGCCGCCAUCAUCGUCUCUGUGCUUGGACUCAAGUGCACUAAGAUCGGCCGCACGUCGGAACAUGUCAAAGACCAGAUCGCCCUGAGCGGGGGGGUCAUGUUCAUUCUGUCUGUCAGUGUGACCUCUGCUCCCAGGUGUCUUCACCCUGACGGCGGUGUCGUGGUACGCAGCCAGAGUCAUCCACGACUUCUACGACCCGCUGUACGGAGGAGUCAGGUUCGAGCUGGGCACUGGUUUGUAUCUGGGCUGGACCUCGUCCUCUCUCGCCAUCCUCGGAGGAUCUUUGCUCUGCUGCUCCUGCAGGAGGACGUCGCCUGCACCCCCCACAGGGCAGUUUUCAUACAACUUCUCCAAGACGAGCCGAGGACAGAGCAUCUACCGGGCGGCAGCGGCCUCCGACACCAGCAGCUCCAAAGCUUACGUCUGAAACUGCUGCUUCCUGUCUGAUGUCUGGUCGCCGUGACGAUGCAGGGAAACACCACAGCAUCAGAAGCUUCAACUUUUAUUCUUUUCUUGUGAAAUGCUCGGAUCCAUCAACUUCUUUCUGAUAUUUUAGUUUUAUCAACAUAAAAACACAUAGAAGCAGCUGAUUAUCUGUUAAAUGUUGUAAAUAAAAUGUUUCCUGAUGCCGUU